CAAUAUCCCAUCUUCAAACCAAACAAGUCAACACUCUCCUCUCCUCUUCUCUUGUUACAUAUAAUCUCCAUUUUCACUGUUAACAAAAGUAACAGGAAAUGGCAAUCAACACGAAGACAUCAUCACUGCUACUUGCAUCACUUCUUUGCCUUCUGCUCCUCUCCGAGGUGGGAAUGCUGAUGGGUCAACAGGCAGCACAAGCCCCGGCUCCAGGCGCACAAGUGGCAGAUGAAUGCCCGAAGAAGUGUGCAUAUAGAUGCAGCAAAUCAUGGAAGCCAAAGAUGUGCAACAAAACCUGCGUAGCUUGCUGCCACCGGUGCCCUGAUCACUGUGUGCCUAAUGGUCCCAGAGCUCCCCGAGAUUCCUGCUACUGCUACUCCCUGAUCAAGACCCAUAACAAGUUCAAGUGCCCUUAGAGUCUUGGAUACCCCCAGUUUUUUACCACAGAGUGGGAGAGUUUAGGAAGUAAAAAUAAAAAUAAAUUACUAGUUUAGUAUCUCAGCUAUUAUUUUUGUUAUGUUUAG